AGAAAUGCCCUAACCCUAGCCUGCGAAACUGAAUGGCUGGCCUCCCUGUCGAGCCAAAGACUGGAUAGCUAUGACAAGAGGAGGUUAUGAAACGAGAUACCGGAGUUGGCCAUGUUGAGUCAGGCAGCGCUGUGUUUUCCUUUGCAAUGUCCAGUGGUGGAUCCGAAAUGGCUCCCGUUUCUUCUCUCUCUUCUUGCGCAGCGCUUGCUCAAUGGGGCGCUGUGAAUCAAGCUGCUGCGAGCGCAGGAGGGUUUGCCGUCUUUGGUUUGUGCUUGAGAACGGAUCAGCCUCACUCACAGGAAGUUUCUGAGAUGGAAGCAGCUCACCUCAGCCCAGAGCUUCCUAUUCGAUGGGUUGUUUCUGCAGACAGGACUGUUGAGAUCAAGGAGGAAGUGACUGAGCUGGGGUGCGACCAGGCCAACGAGCGGAUCCUGCAGGAGGAAACGCCACCUUCUAGCAUCACUGAGAGAGACACGGAUAUGAAAUUGGUAUGUCUUAGUAGAGGACAAGGAUCAGAAAUGGCAUCUUCUCACGUUAAAGAGGAGGACCCAGAAAUGGAACCUGUCCACUUUAAAGAGGAGCUUCCUGAUUCUGCACAUAUUAAACCAGAGGUAGCCAAGCCUGAUGCUUCCUUAAAUGAAGGAGGGGCAUCUCAUGACAUGCAUACUAAUGGAGAGGAGGGGACUGAGCUGGGUUCCAUUCAGAGGAAAUGUCACAUCUCCCAGCUGGAGGCCAUCCAGAUACAUCCUUCAUCACAACAGGAACCAAGGUCACCUUCACCCUGUGGGACAACAAUGUUAGAAAAAAAUCUCCAGCAAACUCACACAGGAGAGAAACCACACCACUGUACUGAAUGUGGAAAGAGCUUCACUCAUUUAGGGAACUUCAAACAACACCAGCGGUCUCAUAUAGGCGAGAAACCUCACCGCUGCAUAAACUGUGGGAGAAGUUUCACUUAUUUAAGAACCUUUAGAAGACACCAGUGCGUUCACACAGGAGAGAAACGGUUUCACUGUAGUGAAUGUGGAAAGAGCUUCACUCGAUUAGGAACCCUUAAACAACACCAGCUAAUUCACUCAGGAGAGAAACCACACCACUGUAGUGAAUGUGGAAAGAGCUUCAUUCGAUCAGGAAGACUUAAACAACACCAGCUAAUUCACUCGGGAGAGAAACCACACCACUGUAGCGAAUGUGGAAAGAGCUUCAUUGAAUUAGGAAGCCUUAAAAAACACCAGCGACUUCACACAGGAGAGAAAACGCACAACUGCAAUGAAUGUGAGAAGAGUUUCUUUCAAAUAGGCAACCUUAAAAAACACCAGCGAAUUCACAACUGGUGGAAUUCCUUAACAAACACCAGAAAAUUUAAGCAAGACAGAAGCCCUGUCGCUGAAGAGAUUAACUUGCUCAAAUCAAGUGAAGAGUCAUGAAUGCAGUAUUGUAAAACGUAGAUAAUUGUGAUGAAAACUAAGGUGUACCAUGUGCUUCACCACAU